AUGGCCGCCCCCAACAUUACCUCUGAUCAAUCAGCCCUUCUCUCAUUGAAAGCCAAAAUCACUGGGGAUCCUCACGAAAUCUUGGCAAGCAACUGGUCGGCUACUUCCUCAGUUUGUGACUGGAAAGGAGUCACUUGCGGCUUUCACCACCGUAGAGUCACUGCCUUGAAUAUCUCCAACUUGGGCCUUACCGGCACCAUUCCUCCACAACUGGACAAUCUCUCCUUUCUCAUGUCCCUCGAUAUGAGCAGGAACAACUUUUACGGAGAACUUCCCCAUGAAUUGAUUCGUCUGUCAAGGUUACGAGUCCUUAGUUUAGGCAUUAACAUGCUUAGCGGAAAUAUUCCCUCUUGGCUUUCCGGUUUUCUGCCAACUGGGCUGUUCAAUAUUUCCUCACUCGAAGCUAUUGCUCUUCGAAGUAAUAGCUUAUCUGGCAGUCUUCCAUCCAGCAUAUGUCUCCGUCUUCAAGGACUCACAUGGCUUGACCUUGGCCGCAACAAAUUAAGUGGUGUGAUACCCACAUCGUUAUCGGAGUGUUCGAAGCUUCAGGUACUGAGGUUGUUUUACAACAACUUUAGUGCAGUGAUACCGGAAGGAUUUGGGAACUUGACGGUGCUUGUGGAACUACGUCUUGGGGGCAACAAUUUGAUUGGAGUGAUACCCGAAGGAUUUGGGAACUUGACGGCGCUAGUGGAUCUUCGUCUUGGCAGAACAAUUUGA